AUGGAACCAAAACAGCUAGAUCUAUCGGAUCAAGAUCUAAACCAAAUUGUUAAUGAUCAUUUAUCAGCGCAGGGGAAUAAUGAGCAAUCGUUUCGUGUCGACCGUGCUUCACUAGAACCGUUUAGUCCAUGCCCGGAAGGAUUUCUUGCCGAUCAUUAUGCGCUGAAAGUUACCAUCGAAAGUAACGGCCGAACGGAGGUGUUAAGCUUCUUUGUGAAGUGUCUUCCCACUGCCAAUCCGGUGCUAAAGAGCUACCUCGAAGAGAUUGGUAGCUUCCGCAAGGAAAGUGCUGUGUUGCAGUGUCUUGUUGGAUCGAUCCAGCACUAUUGCCCAUGGCGAACCGUUGCUCCGCGUGUGCUGUUUUCCAAGGGUGAAAAAAUACUCAUCAUGAAUAAUCUAAAAUCCGACGGUUACUCGGUGAUAAAGCGUGAAAGUGGUCUAUUGGAGGUGGCAUUUGUGCAGCAAGCGCUAGAAACGCUAGCCAGUCUGCAUGCGGGAUCGAUCGUACUGGAAGAGAAGCAUGGCAAACGAUUGCCGGAAUUGUUUCCAAAUGUUCUUAACGAAAAUGCUUGGGUCCAAACACCGUCCAGCACAAGAGUGAAGGAUGUGGCGAAUGUUAUCAAACUGUACACGGAGCUGGUUAAGAUAUGCGAUCACUGGCAGGGUGCUCGGAAGCAGACCAUUCUGGGACGGUUAGCGCCAUUGAUAAGAAAGAUUUAUACGUUCGUGGAACCCUCGCGUGAAUUCCGGAACUGUCUCAACCACGGUGACCUUUGGUGUAACAACAUUAUGUUCAAGUGCAACGAACAAGGACAGCCGACUGGUUGCGCUUUAGUUGACUAUCAGCUGUCUCGUUAUGUGCCUCCCGCGUAUGAUAUCAAUCUGUUGCUGUAUCUAACAACAAGCCGGAAGCUGCGAGACGAACACCUGCCAUCACUGUUAGACCAUUACUACGAGUGUUUUUCGGAAACGUUGGAGCGAAACCGGCUUAAAGCGAGUGAUUUUUAUACACGUGAAGUAUUUGUGGAAUGCUGUGAACACUAUCGUUUGGCAGGACUAAUUCACUCGACCAUGAUUAGUGUGGAAGUCACCUUGCCGAGUCGGUUUUUGGAGGAAAUUUUUGGAGAUUUGCAAACGACGGCAAGCUUUAUGCCGGAUAAGAAAGUGUGGGUUUGUGUGAAGGCUUUCCAGGCAGAUGAAUGCUAUAGGAAUCAUCUGAUAGAGCUUCUAGAUGAAUUGUUUGAAUAUGUUUAAAGGGAAAUUUAUGUAUGGUG